CAGUACUACGAUGAAUUUGAACAGUUUGGGUUUGGCCUACAGAACCCAAACCGUGGGUUUGUAGAAAUGUACCGUUGUUACCCAGUUAUUAUGAUGCAAGGAAAUGAAAGACAGAAUGUGAAUUUUGGGGGAAAAAUUAUUUUACCACCUUCCGCGCUAGCAAAAUUAGCCAGCUUGAAUAUUGUUUAUCCUAUGUUAUUUGAGUUGCGAAAUACUGUAAAACAGAGACAUUCGCAUGCUGGAGUGCUCGAAUUCAUUGCAGAAGAGGGUCGUGUAUAUUUGCCCCAUUGGAUGAUGCAAACUCUAUUAUUGGAAGAUGGUGAUCUUAUUGAAAUAAAAAACGCUUCAUUGCCCUUGGGCAGCUUCGUCAGGAUUCAACCACAAACGGUUGAUUUUCUGGAUAUUAGCGAUCCGAAAGCAGUACUUGAAAAUGCGUUGCGCAAUUUCUCCACUUUGACACAAGGCGAUAUCAUUCAAAUUAAUUAUAAUAGUAAGAUUUACGAAAUCUUAGUAUUGGAGGUAAAACCUUUGAACAAUGGUAUCUCUAUUGUAGAAACGGAUUUAGAGGUCGAUUUUGCUCCACCAGUAGGUUACGUUGAAAAACCAUUACCAAAAAAUACUAUGGCAAAUAAGAUCAAGAUGGGUGAACCAUCAAUCGAAUCCAAAGGAUGGUCCGCAUUUGGAGGUAGUGGACAACGUUUGAAUGGAAAGGCUGUGAAAGUAUCACCUGCAGCAACUUCUAAUUCAAGUAUAGAUAAUUUAAAUGAAAAUAUACCUGCUCCCCUAAAUUUGCCGUUUGGAAAGUUAUUCUUCGGGUAUAAAGUCGUACCUUUUGGUGACAAAAAGCAAGAAAUAACGGAUGAUCCCGCACCGUUGUUUCCUGGAGAGGGACAAACUUUACGACCUCCUAGAUAA